UUGGGACAUCGUCUGUCUGAUAACUCCAGGCAGAACCACGUAGCUGUGUUACUUUGGAGCAGACCAGCAGAAUGUGGUGCACUCUGUGCCUUCUCCUUGCCAUGCAGCUGUUGGGCACAGGGACAGCAGCCCCACGGAAAACAAAUGCUGAUCUUCUACUAUGGGCGAACUUUAAUGAGAAUCAGGCUCGUGCAAGGAGAGUGUUGACAGGCACGGAACAGUCUGCUUUUGGAGCCAUUGAGGCAAAUGAAGAAUCCUGCCAACUUGAGCCUGAUAGUGGUCCGUGCUUCAUGCUUUUCCAUCGGUUCUUCUAUAACCAAACCUCGAUGGCCUGUGAACUAUUUAAAUAUGGUGGUUGUGCUGGAAACAAGAAUAAUUUUCAAACAGAACGGGAGUGUCUACAGACCUGCCGAACUGAAGGGGAGGAUGAGCUUCUGUUACAGUGAAGGCUUAGACAAAAAUAAAAGUUUAAGGGCAACACAAGAAGUAAAUAUUAGAAACAAUGAUUCAAAGCAACCGUUCACAAUGAGACCGUGAGUCUGAUCCUAAAAACAAGUGGCAGAAACACGGAAAUUGCAUGAGCUCAUGUUCAAUAGAGUGACAAUGUUCUUUAACCAAUUGAUCCAAUAAACUUAAAUAAUCAAA